GCUGCCGCCGCCGGCGGGGUCUGGUGAGGGGCGGGAUUGGGGGUCGGUCCCGCCGGGACCCUGCAGCCGCCCCGGGGAGCCCGCGGCUGCGGGCAGCGUCCGCCUGGGGCGGGCGGGUUUGGUGCUGGUGUUUCGUCUCGGAGUGGCUCGGCUGUCCCGGCGGUUUUUGUGUGCGGCUUAACCUCCGGCUGCUCUGGCGAGUUGACUUCAGAUUUCUACACUAGUGGACUACCACAAGGCAUCAACUGCACCUAACUCUAAGUGACCUGCGACCCUCAGAUGUCACCCACGGGAUCAUCUGUCGAGAAACAGGUGGUUUAAGCCUGUUUAAAGACCCUACAGGUCUCCCCAGCCGCUGAGCAGGCUGUGAGGUCCUCCGCUGGGAGCUGCCGCUAUGGCGGAGGUGGAAUCACGCUUCCUGCACCUCCUGCAGCCCAUCCGCGACCUCACCAAGAACUGGGAGGUGGAUGUGGCUGCCCAGCUCGGGGAGUACUUGGAGGAGCUGGAUCAAAUCUGCAUUUCCUUUGACAAUGGCAAAACCACCAUGAACUUCAUAGAAGCGGCCCUGCUGAUCCAGGGCUCCGCCUGCGUCUACAGUAGGAAGGUGGAGUAUCUCUACUUGCUGGUCUACCAGAUGCUCGACUUCAUCUCCAAUAAAAAGCGGGAAAAACAGCCCAGCUCCGUGGGGCAGGACGGCAAAGACACUGACGCGAGCUUUGGGGCUGACGAGGAGGAGCAGUUCCUCUCCCUGGACGACAUCGGGGACAGCAGCCAGGUGAUCGUGGACAUGAAGAAGGAUCAUCAGCCCAAAACUGUGAACGUCAUUCCCUUGACUCCGAUGUCUUUGGUCCCCCCAGAAGAGGCUGACAAGAGGGACAACCCUCUGUUCAGUCUGAAAGGGGAGAUCCUGGCCAGCCGGAAGGAUUUCCGGAUGAACAUGAGCACCCCUCACACCACCGGAGCCUUCCUGCUGGAGCCAGCAGGCCUCUCCCCCAUCUGCCCGCAGGAGCAGCAGCACAAAGGGAGCCCUGGCAGAGCAGCAGGAGUGCUGUCCUGCAUCCUCGGCAGCAGGAGGGGUUGCGUGAGCACCGGCGGGGCUCCCGUCCAGGCGCUGAGCUUUUCCGCAGACAGAGGUGCCACAGGACCAGACGAUGCUGACAGCAGAGGUGACGACAUGCCUGGGGCCCUGGAGGACGAUGUGGAAAUGACUCUGGCUGCUAACGAACACAUUGAGGCGCAGAGGAGCGCGCCCCGGGUGAAGGGGUACGUGCUGCGGGACCGAGCCCCUGCCGAGGACCCCAAAGCCCGCCUCAAGGAGAUGCUGGAUCCGUGGCAAAGCCUCGACCCCUUCGGUGACUCUGAGGACAAGCCAUUUAAGAAAGGGAGACCCUUCCUGGUGCCACAUGGCCUGGAUGAUGUCGUCAGUGGCAAGCGGAAGAGGAAGGGACUGAGGAAGCUCCAGGACUUCAUGGAAUGGUUCUCUGCAGCCUAUAACGACGUCACUGACAGCAGGAAAACCAGGAGGAAAGGGCCGACAUUCGCAGAUCUGGAGGUGCUGUACUGGAAGGAGCAGAAGUUGCGGAUGGCGGCGCAGAGGAAGCUGCACAGCCGGGCGGAGCCGCUGUGGCUACUGCCGUGUGAGGAGAAGCCGGAUCUGCUGGAGGAGGAACGCGGGGCUGACUGUGACGAAGGAGCAGGUGACUUCAUGGAGCACGAGGACAUCCAGGCUGAGGGCCCGGAGGAGCUGGGGGAAGGAGCCCUGGGCCCCCCCGACUUGGGCUCGCUGGGCUACGAGGAGCUGGUGCGCAGGAACGUGGAGCUGUUCAUCGCCAACUCCCAGAAGUACGCGCAGGAGACGGAGCUGUCCCAGCACAUCCGCCGCUGGGAGGAGAGGAUCGGGCCGCUGCUGCAGGAACAGGCAGGGACCCUCGCGGGCAGGGGGCCGGGGGUGGGCAGGGGACCGGCAGCCCCCUCCCGGCGCCUGAGCCCGCUCUGCCCGCAGGAGGAGCGAGCCGCCUUCGACAUCCACGGCUACGGGGACGCGCUGGUGAGCAGCUGCGGGCGCCUGGGCGAGUGGCAGUCCUUCGCCAGCCUGGUGGCGGGGGAGCCCCCCUUCGAGGUGUGCCGCUACAUGCUGGCCACCCUCCAGCUGGCUAACGACUCCGUGGUGGAGCUGGCGCAGGACCCGGGGCUGGACACGGCGCUGGACACGGCGCGCCUGCGGCUCCUCACCCACCAGCGGCCGCAGGAGCGCUUCCGCGCCUUCCAGCCCCCCUCUGCCUGCCCCUGAGUGAGCACCCCCCCUCGCCGCAUACCCCUUGCCACCCC